AUGGAAGAUCGUGGAGAUUUGCAGUCAAAGAACAAUGCAUUUUUUGAUGAGAGAUCUCAUCAAUGGGACAAGCCCGAAGUAGUUGAUACCGCAAACCAAGUAGCUCUGGCUAUACGAUCCAUGUUGACACUUGAACCAUCCAAAACUGAACUGUUAGACUUUGGUUGUGGGACAGGAAACGUCACUGUCGCGUUGAGUCAGUAUAUCAAAGGCUCGCUGGGUAUUGACGCUUCAGAAGGAAUGGUUGCCCAAUUUAACAAGAAAUGUUCCGACAAACCUGGCUUUAGUGCUCUAGCGCUAGAUAUAACUACUGAUGCCGGUCUUCAACGACUUAAAGACUCAAACAGAGCCUUUGAUAUCAUCCAAUCGACUCUUGUCUUCCAUCACAUACAAGAUCUCAAACUAGUCGUUACGCGGCUCAGUCAAUUCCUGAAGUCCGAAGGUGUAUUGGUAGUGGCAGACCUUGAAGAGAAGGACGCCACUUCGUUCCAUAGUGACCAUCAGGUCAAUGCAGACCUGGUAGCUCAUAAACAUGGCUUUACAGAGACUGACAUGAGGAACUUGGCAGCUGCAUCAUCUAUGGAGCUUGUUACAUUCAAAGCAGGGGCUGCACGAAUGACCAAAACAAUGCACGCGGAACAUCAACAUGGUGGUGGUCAUGAACAUGGUCACCAUCAUCAUCAUGGUGCAUCUCAAGAGCAUGGCGAACAUCAUCAUCAUGAACCUGCUUCUACUAGUCAACCUGAAACACGUCAAUUCAGUAUGUUUCUUGCAGUAAUGCGUGUAAAAAGACUAUAA